CACAGUUACACUGAGUGGCUAGAGGCUCAGGUGACACGGCAAGCCUCACUCUGGUAACAGUGAAACUCAUAGGGGACAUGCUGACAUGCACUUAAGUUAAGUGAAAGCCUGUCUAUUCAACACUAGAGAAAAGGAGAGAUGCCUGAGGAAAGGAAAUUAGAAGAAAAAAAUGAGGCGGCUGCAAAAAAUUCGACUGACCCAAGAUCAAGGCAAGAACUAUUGCAGUAUUAUCUUGAGCUGACAUUUAACCCCAACACUGCUCAGAAGAAUCUUUGGUUGUCAGAAGGCAACAGGAAAAUAAUCCGAAGGGAAGAAACUUGCCCUUACCCCCAGCGUCCGGAGCGCUUUGAAUACAUCCCUCAAGUGCUGUGCAAGGAGAGUCUAUAUGGUGGCUGCUUUUACUGGGAAGUUGAGUUAAAAGGAGGAGCUGACAUUGGAGUUACAUAUGAGAAUAUUGGUCGUAAAGGGAGUGAUGGUUGUUGUGGGCUGGGUGAGUCGGAGAUAUCCUGGAGUUUUGGAUGGGAUGGUUCCAGCUACAGGGUCUGGCAUAACAGCAAGUCAGAGGAAAUCAAUGCACCACCAAGUCCUCGCAUUGGAAUUUUCCUGGACUAUAAUAAUGGCAGCUUACAUUUCUAUGGUGUUUCCCCUGGCAGUGAGAGUGAGAUAGUCCUCCUGUACCAGUUCAAAGCUGGAUUCACUGAACCACUCUACCCAUGUUUCUGGGUGGGGGCUAACACCAGCAUUAUUCUGUGCAAACCAUAGCAAAGUCUGGCAAAAGGAUGCAGAAAGAUGCCACUGCAUCUGCCCUCCUUCCUCAGUUCAUGACAUGUUAAAACAGUCAAAUUCAUGCUAUGUAUCAAAAUGACUAUUGUGCAAAAUAUGUAUCUUUACUUUCACAUUUAUUAUUUUAUAUUAUUCUUAAUGGAACUAAAGGUGCCCUGUGACUCUAAGUAAAUGAGGUGCCAUUUAAAACAAAUGAUUUUGUUAGUACUUUUCACUGGGACUGUCAUAUCAUAAGAUCUGUAUAGUGCAAAUAUGUCUCUCUUUAUUUAAUUUUCCCCUAAAAAUAAGGGUUAAAUUUUGCUUUUUAAAUCUACAUUACACGGUUCUUUAUUAAUAACUACAUAUUUUGUGCCUCAUAGCUUGCUGUUGCUGUUUUCUUUUAAGGCCAAAGUGUCACACAGUGUUGCUCUAGAUUCCUCAUUUGCAAAUUAAAUAAAACAUUUUGCACCUCUUCAUGCAA